UCGACCGUUGGACCCACAUUCCGUGAAUGUGUCUUCGCCACUGACACAGCACACGCGUGCCACCGGGAACGCGUGACCCCCCAGACGCGCCGCGAUCAGUUGUGACAGUGACCCCUGGCGCGUGUGAUCGAGGUGUGUCGUUCCAAGGGUAGGAACACUGUGACCAAACCGAUUCCAAGGAACAGGGUGCUAGUGAACGAGCACAAGGGAUUUCAAACGUCCAAGGUAGUCGAUUGCUCCGAGCUGGGGCAGAUCUAGACCUUCGAUCCCGAGGGCCAGGUUCCAGGAAGAUCGAACGAUUGCUGCAACGCGCGACAUUCGGUGGAGAUUCGGGUGAAGUGAAGUGGCGAGAGUUUGCGUUCGAAGAUCGGUUUCCGGCGGUGAUUAGUGUGAGUCGCGGCGCCUCCGGAGCUUCCAUCCUCCGAUCCAUCGGCCUCGCUCGGUUAUCUGAAACUUUCUCUGCAACGAGUACCGUUCAACCACCACGGGCUAGUCGCCUCGAUAAAUCAACGAUUCCACACGGGAAAUGGCAUCUGCGGCGGCGGAGUUGGUUGCCGAGAGGGAACCGGAACCGAGGAUCGAGAUGACCGACACGAAUAGAUCGUUCGUGGGCGCGCAGGGGCUGGUACGAAUGGCCCUGGAUCAGUACACGGAAAUCCUGACGACGAUCUCCGAUCCGAGGGUCAGCGACUGGCCCUUGAUGGACUCGCCAAUCCCGACUUUUCUCAUCGUGCUCCUCUACUUGUACGGAGUCACGUUGUUCGGGCCUAGAUUGAUGGCCAACAGGAAACCCUUCAAACUCAGGGGAACCCUGGUCGCGUACAACGCGUUCCAGGUCGUCUUCUCGCUGGGGAUGCUCUACGAGCACCUGAUGUCUGGCUGGCUGUUGGAUUACAGUUACAAGUGUCAACCGGUCGACUACUCCCACAAUCCGUCCGCGCUGCGUAUGGCGAACCUGUGCUGGUGGUACUUCAUCAGCAAAUUCACGGAAUUCGCUGACACGAUAUUCUUCAUCUUGCGCAAAAAGGACAGCCAGGUGACGUUCUUGCACCUGUACCACCAUUCUCUGACGCCCUUGGAGACGUGGAUCUGCGUGAAAUUCAUCGCCGGAGGGCAUGGUACCCUGGGCAACCUUAUAAACAACGCGGUGCACGUGAUAAUGUACACGUACUACAUGGUGUCCGCGAUGGGACCCGAGUACCAGAAAUAUUUAUGGUGGAAAAAGCACCUAACCACCGUCCAACUGGUGCAGUUCUUCCUGGUGUUCGUCCACAGCACCCAGGCCCUGGUCUUCGACUGCGGCUACCCGAAAUUGGUGGCCGGGCUUCUUUUGCUUCACUCGUCGAUCUUCUUCGUCCUGUUCUCCGACUUCUACCGGCAAGCGUACAGGAAGUCCAGAACGAAGGAGCUGAAGGGGGAAUAAAUCGAGGGGCUGAAACGCGCGCGCACAUUCCCAAACUUCUCUAAAACACACGCUCCGAACAACAGCUCCUCGACCACGCGCGAUCGAACGAUCGUGGAUCAGUUAAAACGUUUUGUCUUGUGUGUUUUCAGCGUGUAUCCGAUCUCGUGGGAUUUCACCAACUUGCUCAAACACCGGCCAACGUGGUAUCGAUUUCGGAUAACGAUCGAACACACGCACAAUCACGCGGAACUAGUCAUCGAACGUUUCGAGACAAUUCUAUUGGACGCUGGUUCGCGAACUCGAUCGUACGGAACGAUCGUGAUCGGUUCUUCCGUCGAGGGCCUACAGAAUCCUUCCGUAAGGGAGAGAUUAUCGUUUGUUAUCCCUCGUAUCCUCCGCAGGAUAUCUCAGGUCUCGCGAACAGCUCGGACCAGGGUUUCCGAAGCACUCGUUAAUCUCGAAUUCGGGAUGAGCAAGCAAUCGUUAGGGUUGGGGAUGUGGAACCUUUUAAUAUCGAUAAUAGAGCGUAUCAGGAUUUUUCUUAUUUGAUCUGUGAACAAAACACUUAGAUAAUCGUCGAUCGUUUUAAAAGGUCGUAGGUUCCCCAUCCCUGGGCCAGGCGUAUAAUACUUUUCAUGUAUUUUGACCAGCCAAAACUAUCCAGGGAUAACUCCCACUAUGUCUCAUGUACUAUAGUAUCGCGAUUUAUAUAAAAAAUCUUGCCAUUACGGAGAAACUAACGCCUGGCCUUAACGUAGAAACAUCUUUUCAGACUCGGAGUUUUCGACGAAUUGUUUAGGCUACGCUUGAAAGUGCAUCGAAAACCCAGAAUCGACGAGGCAUCGCGCGUCGAUUCGGUCCUUGGUGUCGUUAAUUUAAUGGUCCUUGUUUUCUUUUUCUAUUUUUAGGCGUUACGCGUCAGCAGAUCUUUAAUCAAGAUUACUGUAAAUAUAGGAGUAGAGUUAGCGCAUUCCGCGGGACACCGUUCUCGCGGGUUUAUUUAAAUCUACGCGCGAUCCAGUCGCGCGCGACGAGAUACAAAUUUAUCAAUAGGCGGAAAAACGGAUUUGCGUGAGAAACUACAACGCGUUAGAAGAGUCUCUUCCCAAACGAUCUAUAGAAAAAUUAUCUUCUCUGCAAAUUAAUUUCAACAUAGACGCCUACUAAAACUGAUUACUGACCAAUCUAAUGCAAAAACCGUACUAUGAUGAGACUUUUUCAACGCUUCGCAGGGAACACAACCUGACGAAACCUCGUUAAGCUAAACGUUUUUCUCGAUUAUUUAUACGUUGCACGAGUGUUUCGAGUAACCCCUUAAACGAUAAGUCGUAAGCGGACGCGUUCACGAACAACGCGAUACAACCAGAGAUGAGUAAAAUCCUUCUAAUCUCGAAGAUUUUAAAUAAAGAACGAACGUUUUCUGUUCUUCGAGUAAAAUUUUGCUCAUCUCUGGAUAGCAGUGUCGUGUUGCAGCGAGAACCGAGAACGGUAUCAGACUUCAGCACGACACCUGUAUCACCUGUGCAGCAGAGACACGCACAACCUCGCACACGUGUCGUACAUGUAUAAUUCCUCUCACCAGCGAGCAGGCUACCGAAUCGAUGGAUUCAGAUGUACGUGUGCAACGUUCCUUACGAAAUCUAUCUAUUAAAUCGGAUCUCGUAGCCUAGUUUCGAAACAUUAUCGCGUUGAUGAUGUUGGUCUCGACGUGGCCGAGUACCGCAGUGCGGUAAACGCGCGGUUUCCGUCUACGAGGAACGACACAGGAUCACCGAACAGCGUCGAAGAGUCGACUGUCUGGCAAGCACGAGCCGGGUUUCGUGAAACGUGUCUUGGACAAGGGUAUCGACGUGCUCUUGCGCUACGUUCAUGUGUGAACAAAGGGAGAGGGAGACGCUUUACUCUUAGAAUUAGACAUCCCCGGAGCCACGCACGCGUCGGGGGUAAAACGACAAUCACUCGGUUUACAGAGAAGACGGUGAACCGACGAAACAUGGUGGCGAUCCCACCACGGGCAUGUGCAACUCUCCCCCAGGUAGCCAGAGUAAUACAGACUCUCUCUCUAUCGAUCCUCUCGAUGCAACCCCUCAAACAGGACAGAAACGGUCGUUCCACUAUUACAGGGAGAGACGCACGCCGACGAUACCGAUGAUUUUCGUACGGAUUCAUCGUCGAACCUCAGCCUAAGAUUGUAAUUUAUUUUGUGUGCUUCACACGCACAUGCGACGAAACUGUUUGUACAUAUGUAAUUCUUUCCUUUUUGUAAUGACAAAUAAAUUUUAUUAAGU